AUGACGCCCUCGUCGUCGUCGUCCUCGGGCGCCGUGAGGAGAAUACACGCCACAGCGGCACACCUCAACCCUGCCCUCGCAUCCACGGCCACGUCCUACCCUACGACCCAUGAGAAGAUCGCCGAGGUGACCAACACGCCUUACUUCCUGAACAACGAGUUCCGGCCGUCGGCUGCGGACCAGCACAUCACGCUGUACGACCCAGCCACCAACAACCUGGUGACCCGGGUGCCGCAGAUGACAGAUGCCGAGCUCGAGGCCGCCGUCUCGAGCGCGGAGAAGGCGUUCCCCGCCUGGCGGAACAUGAGCGUCCUCGCGCGGCAGCAGAUCAUGUUCAAGUUUGUCGCUCUCAUCCGCGAGAACUGGGACCGCCUGGCCGCGAGCAUCACGCUGGAGCAGGGCAAGACCUUUGCUGAUGCCAGGGGUGAUGUGCUGCGGGGGCUGCAGGUUGCCGAGGCGGCGUGUGGCGCUCCUGAGCUGCUGAAGGGGGAGCUGCUGGAGGUUGCCAAGGACAUGGAGACGAGAACGUACCGGGAGCCGCUGGGUGUCACGGCCGCCAUCUGCCCUUUUAAUUUCCCUGCCAUGAUUCCCCUCUGGUGCAUUCCCAUCGCCACAGUCACGGGCAACACGCUCGUGCUCAAGCCCUCGGAGCGCGACCCUGGCGCGGCCAUGAUCCUCGCGGAGCUGACGCAAAAGGCCGGGUUCCCGCCCGGUGUGAUCAACAUUGUGCACGGGGCCCACCGCACCGUCAACUUCCUCCUCGACCACCCUGCCAUCAAGGCCAUCUCGUUUGUGGGCGGCAACAAGGCCGGCGAGUACAUCUUCUCCCGAGGCUCGGCCAACGGGAAGCGCGUGCAGGCCAACCUGGGCGCCAAGAACCACGCCGCUGUCCUGCCCGACUGCAACAAGAACCAGUUCCUCAACGCCGUGGUGGGGGCUGCCUUCGGCGCGGCGGGCCAGCGGUGCAUGGCGCUGUCAACGCUGGUCAUGGUGGGCGAGACCAAGGAGUGGCUGCCGGAACUGGCGGAGCGGGCCAAGGCCCUCAACGUGAACGGUGGAUUUGAGGAGGGCGCCGACCUGGGCCCCGUCAUCUCGCCCGAGAGCAAGGCGCGCAUCGAAGCGCUGAUUGCCUCGGCCGAGGAGGAGGGCGCCACGGUGUUGCUGGACGGGCGCGGUUUCAAGCCCGCCAAGUACCCUGACGGCAACUGGGUUGCGCCGACCAUCAUCACCAACGUCACCAAGGACAUGAAGUGCUACCGCGAGGAGAUCUUCGGCCCUGUGCUGGUGUGCCUCAACGUGGAGACGCUGGACGACGCGGUGGACCUGAUCAACGCCAACGAGUACGGCAACGGCGUGGCCAUCUUCACGCGCAGCGGCCCCACGGCCGAGACGUUCCGGCGCAACAUCGAGGCGGGCCAGGUUGGUAUCAACGUGCCCAUUCCCGUGCCGCUGCCCAUGUUUUCUUUUACUGGUAACAAGAAGAGCAUUGCGGGUGGUGGCGCCAGUACUUUCUAUGGCAAGCCCGGUAUCAAUUUUUAUACGCAGCUAAAGACGGUCACGGCUCUCUGGAGCGCGGCUGAUGCUAUUAGCCAGAAGGCUGACGUGGCCAUGCCUACGCACAGCUAA